UUGCGCCCAUCUGUUUGAUCGUCUUCAAGCAGUUUCAAUUCUACAAUCAAAUGCACAUUUUGAAAUCGAAAUUUCUACUUAUCAACCACAAGUUGAGCAAAUUCAAACGCAAUGGCGAGUAUAGAACGACAGGCAAGCGCGUGUUGACAGUACGCAAAAUAAAUUCAGUUUCUGAAAUUCCACUGACGGCCAUGCCAACUGGCGCAUCGAAUGCUGAGUUGAUGGCAGAGGAGCCAACUGUGGAGAUCUUGCAAAAUUUGCUGAUGAUCUAUUCCUGCAUUAGUGAUGGCAUCGAUUUGUUGCUACGCAUCUUCUCAUUGCAUCUGCUCUGCAUCACUGCCGUGUCGCUGGUUGUCAUCACCGUGCAAAGUUACAAUUUAUUCAUAUUGAUGAGCCACGCCUUGGUGCUGCCCACGCAUCACGUGUCCUUCAUUAUCGCCUGGAUUGUGGUGCAAGUCAUGGCGAUUGCAGUGAAUGUGCGAAUAUGCAGCAGCACGUCAAGAACGAUGGACGCCACUGUUUCGCUGCUGCAUAAAUUACGAUUUUGCUCAAACGAGGCGCCAAAUGCCUGUGUCUUCUAUCAAAUUCUGCAACUUUUCUCCAUGGAAGUUUUGCAAAGGAAACGCAACUUUAAUGCCGCUGGCUUCUUCGACAUGGACUAUAAGCUGAUCACAUCGAUAUUCGCAUCGGUUACCACAUAUCUGGUGAUAAUAAUUCAGUUCCAUCUAACCAACAUUCCGGAUUGCCAUUUUAAAAAUCAUUAAAUGUAUUGGAGUAUGAACGAAAAGAUAUUUGUUUGUUUUUGAAAUCGAAAUUUGUUAAGCAUGCGAAAAAUGGUAAAUUUAUUUAUAAUUAUAGAUGAUUUUAAUGAAUAGAAAAGCGUGCAAUUAGACACAUUGUCGAAUGAAUUGUUAAGUAUUACU